CUCCGCCGUCUGUGUUCAGCUUUUUAAGCAUGAUGAGCAGCAAAACGACCGUGGUAUUUGCUGGGGCUUGCGGAGCCGUUUUUAUCGCGUACUGUUUUUAUUUUGACCGGAAGCGACGGAGCGACCCGCUUUUUAAGGAAAAGCUACGUGAGCGUAGAAGAAAGCAAAACGCUUCCAUUGAGAAUGCAGGUCUCUCAAAGCUCCCAGACAUGAAGGACCCCGAAGCUGUUCAGAAAUUCUUCUUGGAAGAGAUCCAGCUGGGAGAGGAGCUGCUGUCACAAGGUGAAUUUGARAAAGGUGUAGACCACCUGACCAAUGCCAUCGCGGUCUGUGGUCAGCCUCAGCAGCUGCUCCAGGUSCUCCAGCAGACCCUGCCUCCCCCGGUCUUCCAGAUGUUGCUCACUAAGCUACCCACUAUCAGCCAGCGAAUCAUGAGAGCUCAGCCGUUAACAGAAGACGACGUGGAGUGAGCUGACGUGUUCAGAACAGAAAUCUGUUAUUUACUUUUAAAACUUGAAUAUUUCCUGCACUGUUUAAGAUGAAACGUUGAACUUCCUUUGGUUUUGUUUGAACCAYAUUCCCUCCAGAUACUAUUUCUUUGUUUUCUCCAUUUAUUAAUAAAAUAUAUUUUCUCAGUGGUGACAUGUGAUAUAUUCAUGUAGAUUAUUUGUUUUAUUAUCAUGUGACGUGUCACCAUGUGGGCAGAAAGCUGAAAAUGUUGCUUCAUUCCAACUUUAUGUAAAAAAUCUGAUUAAAACUUGGAAACACUC